AUGGUAGACUCUGAACGCAAUGAGGACAAGGGAUCUUCCAGCAAGGGUCGAGCUCAAUCAGCUAAACGACCUUCAAAACCUAUCGAAAUCAAUCCAGAUGAACCAUAUAAGAUGCGAAUCACCUCAGGCGGGUCAAUAUCAUCUUUCGUGGAUUUCGCUAUCAACUUUCUGAAUGUUAAUCCACAUACACCCUUAGUCUUACAUACUCUUCCUCCCCCUCAGCCGAACCAGAAAAAUACUGAAGCUGGACCAUCAACCACGAAUAAAUACUCGACAACACUACUCACAUGUACGACCAACAUAUCUCGUUUGAUAUCCGUUGUGGAAAUAAUAAAACGAAGUUAUAUCGAACAAUUACGUUCGUCCAGCAAUGACUCGAAGACUAAGGGGAAGGGGAAGAUGAGGAUGAGUAAAGGGAUAUGGCAAUAUACCGAGUCGGCUUUGUAUCAUCCACCUGUACCUGAUCCUGGGACUGAGAGCGAAGAGGCAAUGGGAGGGGAAAUGAAUGGCUUGGAGAGGGUUUUGAAAGGCAAAUUGAGACCCAAAAUGACCCAUCAUCCUUAUUUGACUAUCACCCUAUCCACUAUCCCGCUUGGACUUGAACAGAAAAGGAAUGUCACGGUACAGCAUACAAUGGUGAAAGCGAAAAACAGCAAGAAGAAAAAGAAAGCUAGUAAAACCUCACAUGACGAUGAGCGGGAGGAAGAAGAGGGAACGCUGAUAGAGGUAGACAAGAAAGAUGAUGAUAAUGAGGACAAGAAGGUCACAGCAGAAGAUAAGAUCCAGAAUGAAAAGGAUAAAAAGGGAGUCAAGAGAAGUUCGGAUACUGAAGAUCAGAAUAAGAUAGGUAAAAAACGGAAAAUUACCGACAGCAGCAAGGACACGGUCAGUGUAAAGAUAUAG